AUGGGUCGCCCGAAUGACAUCCCCUCGACUCAGACUGUCAUCCUCCAAGAUGAAGGCGGUAUUCUUCAGAUUACCCAGAACUCCCCUAUUCCAGAACUUAGUCCUCAUCAAAUGCUCGUACGUACCACAUCUGUUGCUCUGAAUCCCUGUGAUUUCAAGAUGCCUCUAAGAUUCCCAACGCAGGGUCUCUGGGAUGGGUGCGACUUUGCCGGGACAGUUGUGGCACUGGGAAACGAAGCAGUUUCUCAGGGGCGAUUUUGCCUUGGAGAUCGAGUUUUCGGUGCUGUGCAAGGCUCAAACCAAUCGGAUCCUCAGUCUGGAGCCUACUGUGAAUAUCUUAGAGCUGAGCCGGAUUUUACUUUCCAUGUACCAGAAGGGAUCUCACUCACGAUAGCGCCAGCUCUGUCAUGCACGGGCAUUGCCACUCUCGGAGUUGCCUUAUUUUGGUCCCUUCAGCUUCCGGGGAAAUUGGACGAGCCUUCCAUCAUUACUGAAGAUGUUUUAGUCUACGGAGGUAGCAGCACAAUUGGCCUCAUUGCCAUUCAAAUGCUGAAGCUUUGUGGUCAUCGAGUAAUCACAACCUGUUCACCUCAUAAUUUCGAAUUAGUAAAGUCUUACGGUGCUGAUCUCGUUUUCGACUACAAAUCGCCUACCUGCGCGCAAGAGAUCCGGACAGCUACCAAAAAUGCACUCCGCUAUGUCCUCGAUCCUUUUGCAGAGUCAAAAACAGUGCGACUAUGCCAAGAUGCUAUUGGCAGGACCGGUGGAAGAUAUUGCGCACUGGAACAGUACACAGAGGAGCUGAUCUCUCGAAAGACGGUCAAACACGAGUUGGUAAUGGGAGGUGCUAUUGCUGGCAAGGGCGUGAAUCUACCUGAGCCUUAUGGUAUUCCACCCAGACCAGAGAUUGCGGUGUGGGCACGUCCCUGGUAUCGCAUGCUGCAAACGUUGAUCGAUACGGGCAAACUCAGACCAUGCCCCCAGGUAUUCAUCCCUGGGCGUUUUGAUGGAAUCUUGAAGGGCCUCGAGAUGCUUAAGAAAGGAGAUGUGUCGGGUAAGAAGUUGAUUGUCUCUCUUGAACAAAGUGCAUAA